AUGAGCGAUCAAAAGGCAAAGAUUAUCAAUGCAUCACGCUUCCUGGCCGAGGGCUAUAGAUACAACAUAAUGAACGUGGACUUUUUUAGUAGGAUAAUCUCCACCUUUCUGCCCAAAGACUCGACCGAGACCAGCGAACACAACGAGUUUACACUGAUCCAGAUCGAGUCGCUGGGCGUGAUCGCUUCCAUCAUCGGCCGCUCCAUUGACAGCUCGGCCAACGCCAACAAGCAGUCCAACCUGGUCAUCCAGCACGCCAUCGAGGACGGCUUCCAGUUGAUACAGAACCUCUCGGUCAACCCCAACAUCCGACCACAGACGCGAUACAUGCUCAAGAGCCUCAUCGAGCUCAAGAACAACCGCUGGGUACUGCCCUCACAACAUCAGUCGCAAGUUGAGCAGGAGUCGCUGCACAAGGAGAUCGUGGCCUUUGCCGAGGACAUGGGCAAGUCGAUCAACAAGUUCCUCUCGUCACACUGCGCCAACGACGACACGUCACAGAUCUUUUGGAAGACAAUGUUGCAGUCCAUCAGCACCAAGAAUUACAUGUUGUUCAAGGAAACAAUUCUGGAGGACCGCACCACAUCGCCUUCGUCAGCCCCUGUCGUGCCCCUGUCACCAUGGCUGCGAAGGGCCAGCGCCAAGAUGCCCCUAUCCCCAUUGGGUGCCACAAGCGACCCCUCGGCCAACAAGCACAACAUACAGCGACUCAACUUGUCAGACCUCCAACAGCAACAGCCAAUGGACAUUGAUAACAAUGAGCAGCAGCAGUUUAGUUUGAGUGGCGACAGUGGCGAGCACAAGUCAUUGCUACCAGUGUUGGCCAACAAGUUAAUCUUGAAGAACAUUGAGAGCAACUUGCCCUCGGGUUUCAUCUCACCCAAGGCUCCACGCGACCCACAAGACUGCUCACCCGUUCUUCCCAAUGGCGCAGAGCUGGGAGCAGGUCCCCACCGCGAGUCGCCGGAGCUAUCCAACGCCGGUGGCAACUCAUCUGGUGGCAACAACAGCAACCUGUCAGUACUGCUAUCCAUCAUUGAGAGUAAUAUCAUCGAGGACUCACGUGCGAUCUGGAAGAGCAAGAUCGUUAACCUGUUCCUCGAGAUGAAGCCCACGCUCAAGAAGAACAACAAGACUGAGAUCCUCGCUGCCGUUUGGCAGAGCAUGUGCGACAACCAGGAUGAGUUUGCCACAUACGUCGACCUUUGUUGCACCCUGGUCAAGUUGGAUGAGCCACCCAAGCGCGAGGAGAAACAGCCAAAGAAGUCACCACGCGACUCUAUGAACAUGCAGCAACCCACUGGUCCAGGCGGCAAUGCUCAUGAGAUGCCCAAUGUCGUCGUCAAGAAGAUGCCAAAUCGUCGUUGCUCAAUGAUCACCUUUAACAACAGCGGCAAUGUUCCCAACACCUCGGUGCCUGCCAACCUGUUUGCCGAACAGCCCUCCAACUCCAUGAUGAUGGCCAGACGUUCAUCGAUCGCCGCGCCAUCCGAGCUCAUCCGUCGUGGCUCCAUGUCCGAUGACUCUCCCAAUGUCUGUCCACCCGCUCCCAAACUCAAGGCCACGCCAACCCUGAGUUCCGUCUCACACAAGCAACUCGCCAACACCAAGCCCGCGCCACUCUCACUCCCACCCCUCACCAACCUCAACAACAACAACAGCAACAACAACCUAAACAACAAUGUACCAAAUGUAAACAAGAACAAGGUGAAUGCCAACAGCAAUUUUGUCGACCAGCCCAACGCCAAGAAGGUCAAGAUGUCCAACUCAGAGUCGUUUGGCGAGGUGUUGGUCAACGCGCUGCAGGACGACCUGGCGCUACAGAUGUUCAUCAAGAAGGAGAGUCUGAACGUGUACUUCAAGCUGUUGGAGGACCUCUACAAGGAGUUUGUCAUCGAGAUACCAUUGCUACUGAACUGCAUCUCAUUGAUACAACUGCGUCACUACGAGCUGUCUGAAGAGGAGUGUUUGAAUCUGGAGGCACUGUCCAAACUGGCGCAAGACCAGCAGGACAUUGACAAGGAGAGGGAAUCACUACUGAGCAACACGAACCAAUACUUUGCCUGGAAGACCAACACCUGGGAGGAGAAGCCUGCACCAGCUCAACCUCCUCCCUCUGGUUUCUUUGACCUCACAACAGAUGUAUUUGUUCUUUAA